GCGGAGCCUGAAGGGGACCCAUGGGGACACAGGGACUUCCUUGAAGCAGGUGACAGUGACCCCGUGGAACCCGAGGACAGAGGCCCACCUCCAGCACCUUUGAGUGCCCAUCAACUGAUGAAACAUAAAUAAAAUGUGGUGCCUCCAUACAAGGGAAUAUUUUUCAGAAGUAAAUCAGGAAGGAAAUUCUGGUCUAUGCUACAACAUGGGUGAGAUUUGAAGACAUUAUGCUAAGACAUGGCCUCAUCGCUGCGUGUCCCUCUGCUGCUCCUGGCUGCAGUGGUCUUGGACCUGGCCAUGACCCCCAUGGCAUUGGAGUUCCAUCAGAAGAGCCCUCACCUACCUGGAGGCCUGCAAGAUGUGGACAUUAAUGAUAAAGGUGUGCAGCAAGCAGUGGACUUUGCCCUCCGUGAGUACAACAAUGACAACAAAGACCUGAACCUCAGCCGCUUGGUGCAGGUGGUGCGUGCCCGUGAGCAGGUGGUGGGCGGCAUGAACUACUACUUGGACUUGGAGAUCGGCAGAACCACAUGUGCCAAGGAGCAGUCCACCCAGGAGGAGUGUUCCCUCAGUGAGGAGCCGGCCCAGCUCUGCUCCUUUGUGGUCCACUCCAGGGCCUGGGAGGACUACAUGGCUGUGAUAAGCACUACCUGUCACAGUGCCUGAGGUUCUGCUUUGAUCAGGACACAGCGACCACCCCUUACCCGUGUCCCCUGCAGUGUCUCAAACCAUGUGAUGGAGCCCAGCCCUGGUGCAGUCUGCUUGGUGCCUAAGCGCGCAGGCUCCAAUACAGCAGAAGCUUCAAGGUAACGUGGACACCCUAGGCCUGUCCCCUCCUCCUUUCUCCUGCGCUUCUCAACUACACCUCUGGGGGCGCACACAGCCGCCCCUUCCUUGUUCAAUAAAAACCUGCAGCAGCU